UAACGAUCUUAACGAAAACUUCCUCCUUCUCAGUAAUGCUCAUUGGCAGUCAUGGCGCCGUACCCGGGGUCUGAUGCAGACUACUUCAAGGACAAGGCGCGUAGAGAUCUGUUGACCCUCCUCGAAGGCGUCCGCGGUAAGAAGAACCUCAUCGUCAGUCAAGAUCUGGCUGGUCCAGUCGGGCUGUUCGUCAAGUUCUCUUUGCUUCAAGAGUACGGUGUAGAUCGCGUGUUCCUACUGGAAAAUGGCAAUGUGGACUCCUCUCAACGCAAUGUCGUCUUCUUAGCGAACGCCGAGAAGCUUCCUCAAGUGCGGGCUGUGGCAGAACAGGUCAAGCGCCUCCAGCGCAAUGGCAGCAUUGAACAUGAGAUCUCUAUUUUCUGGGUUCCAAGACGGACACUUGUAAGCAACACAAUCCUCGAGGAAGCAGGCAUAAUCGGAGACGUGAACAUCGCCGAAUUUUCGCUGUACUUCAUGCCGCUGGAACAGGAUGUCCUGUCUCUAGAGAUGGAGGACGCCUUCAGUGAUCUCUACCUGCACAAAGACCCAGGAUGCAUCUUCCACUCCGCGAAGGCCCUUAUGGACAUUCAGCAGAGACACGGCUACUUUCCUCGGAUCAUCGGCAAGGGUGAUCAUGCAAGACGACUGGCUGACCUGCUUCUCCGAAUGAGAAAGGAGCUCGACGCUGAAGAGAGCUCCGGGCUCGCCGGCGUGUCAGCCCGCGGUCUCUUGCCCAGUGCAAGCACAGAGAGCCUCAUCAUCAUCGACCGGGAAGUUGAUUUCGGCACCCCGCUCCUCACUCAACUGACCUACGAAGGCCUCGUCGACGAGACAGUCGGCAUCAAGAACAAUCAAGCCGACAUCGACACCUCCAUCAUCGGCGGCGCGGCCACCGUUCCACAAACGCAGGAAUCCUCUAAAGGCCCGCAACAGCCCUCGUCCUCCAAGCAGCACCAGAAGCGCAAGAUCCAACUCGACUCAUCCGACCAGCUCUUCAGCCAACUGCGGGACGCCAAUUUCGCCAUUGUCGGCGACAUCCUCAACAAAGUCGCGCGCCGCCUCGAGAGCGACUACGAAAGCCGCCACUCGGCCAAGACCACGACGGAGCUGCGCGAGUUCGUCAACAAGCUCCCCUCCUACCAACUCGAGCACCAGAGCCUGCGCGUGCACACCAACCUCGCCGAGGAGAUCAUGCGCACCACCCGCGCCGACAUCUUCCGCAAGCUCCUGGAAGUGCAGCAGAACUACGCCGCGGGCUCCGACCCGACCUACCACCACGACGCGGUGGAGGAGCUCAUCGCCCGCGACGUCGCCCUGCCCGCCAUCCUGCGCCUCCUGUGCCUCGAAUCCUGCAUGUCCGGCGGUCUCCGGCCACGGGACCUCGAGAAUUUCAAGCGCCAGAUUGUCCAAGCCUACGGCCACCAGCACAUCCUGACCUUCUGCGCCCUCGAGAAGAUGCAACUCCUUCAGCCCCGUGCCUCCACCAACCCCACCUCCCUCCUUCCCACCACCACGACUGCCGCCGCAACAGGAGGUUCCCCCCAUCACCACCACCAGCACAACACAAGCCCGCGCACCAACUACAACACCCUCCGCAAGACCCUGCGCCUCGUCGUCGAGGAAGUCAGCGAAAAGGACCCCAACGACAUCGCCUACGUCUACAGCGGCUUCGCUCCGCUGAGCAUCCGCCUGGUCCAGUGCGUCCUGCAGAAGCCCUACAUGCUCUCCCUGGCGCGGGGCGGGCCCGUGACCAGCCCGACUCCAACCUCCGCCCCCGCCAGCGCGACCACCUCCUCGCCGGGCUGGCUGGGCUUCGAGGACGUGGUCAAGAGCGCCCGCGGCGCGACGUUCAGCCUCGUGCAGAAGGGCGACGACAAGGCCGUGCGCGCCCGUCAGACCGUCAGCGGCGCCCCCGCCAUCAAGACGGUGUACGUCUUCUUCCUGGGCGGCAUCACGUUCACCGAGAUCGCCGCUUUGCGGUUCAUCGCCGCCCAGGAGGCGUCCCGGCGCCGCAUUAUCAUCUGUUCGACGGGCAUUGUGAAUGGGGAUCGCAUGAUGGAGGCGGCGAUUGAGACGGGAAGUUUGGCGUGAUACGGGUUCUUAUUGGGACAUGGAGUGAGAAUCGAACGGUGAUGAUGGUUGUGGCGAUCACAUGACAUGAUCUGAUAUGAUAAUAUACUUCACCCCUUCAUUUCCCAUGGUCGACAGUAUAUCAUUUCCCCCGAGGAGUCGGCCUGGAGGUCCCUGGUAAGCCAACUAUGGUCGCUUCGCAGUGUCACCACCGUCUAAGGCAUUACGUAGACGGAAAACCCAGACAGCUUCCAUGUACUACGUGCUAAACUCUGACCAUUGAACUUGAA